CCCCGUCGCCAUCUUGGCCGGUCUCGCUGACGCCACUUCCGGCGCCUCUCUGUGACGUCACGCUCGGUUCCGGCGCGGCUGUGGCGGAGCGAGGCAGGCCCGGGAGCCAUGAUCGAGGUCGUCUGCAACGACCGCCUGGGGAAGAAGGUCCGGGUGAAAUGCAACCCCGAGGACUCGAUCCGCGACCUGAAGAAGCUGAUCGCGGCCCAGACCGGCACCCGCUGGGACAAGAUCGUCCUCAAAAAAUGGUACACCAUCUUCAAGGACCACGUCACGCUUGGGGACUAUGAGAUCCACGACGGGAUGAACCUGGAGCUGUACUACCAAUAGAGCCCGCCCAGUACAGACCAGUACAGACCAGUACAGACCAGUGCAGCCCUCCCAGUGCUCCCAGUGCAGCCAUCCCAGUGCUCCCAGUACACCCCAGUGCCCCUCCCCCAUUUUCCCCCCAUUUCCAGUCCGGCUCUGUUUGUUUAUGAAUAAAGCGAUUUUGGGGCCUCCGG